AUGUCUUCUGCCGGCCACGCAUCCUCCAACGCCCUCAUCGAUAAGUUCGAUGGGGACAACUAUUCGACCUGGAGUCGAUACAUGCGUGGCGUGUUCCUGACAAAGUCAGUGUGGCAUGCUGUCAACCGGGAGAGCUCCCCGACGUUCGUGGACCCUCGAGCGCAGGACGACUACGUCAAGGCCAACAACAUCGCAUUUGGAACGAUGUUGCUGCACAUGGGUGCGAAUUACCACCAUGUGGUCGACAACUGCGAGGAAGCGUGGGUAGCGUGGCAGAGCCUGAAGGUGCUGUACGGUGGAUCCCAGAAAGCGGGAAGGAUCUACCUCAAGCGUCAACUCUUCAGCAUGAAGAUGGACGAAGGCGCCAACGUCAUGCAUCACUCCAACGAGGUCCUGAACAUCGCUGCCAAGCUUAGCAGCAUUGGUGCGAAGAUGGAAGACGAAGACGUUGCAAUUUGUCUGCUACUCAGUCUUCCGAAGAGCUACGAAAAUGUGGUGCUCAACAUGGAAAUGAGCAGCACCGAGCUUCGCACUCAAGAUAUGGUGAGAGUCCUGACGAAUGAGCAUGCCAAGCGUCAAGUAGAAAAAGGGACAACGACAGCGACUACGGUGAAGGCUGAAGAUGCAAGCAAGGCAUUCAGCGCCGAGCGUGAGCCCUACCAAUGCACGUAUUGUGGCAAGGUGGGACACACGGUGGAUCGUUGCUGGACAAAGCAGAAGAACGAAGGUCGGGGAGCCCGACGCGGCGGCAAUGGUCGUGGACGCGGGGCUAACAAUGUCCAGUGGGGACAUCAUGAUGAAGGCAAUGGAUACGAUCGAGUGGCGUUUGCAGUCUCGUUCGAAUGUGGAGUUUCGACGAGCAAGGAUGUGUCUGGAAUGUGGGCCGUCGGCAGUGGCACAACGCACCACAUUUGCCACGACAAGACCAAGUUCGCAAGUUUGGCAGAGCGCAAUGAGGGCGAACUCUUGGUGGCUGACGGCAACAAGGUGACCAUCAAGGAAGUGGGAACCAUCAUUGAGAAGGUGGUUCUGCCCGACGGUGAAGAGCGCGAGAUCAAGAUCAAGAACGUGCUUUACGUACCAAGCAUGAGCAAGAAUCUACUAUCGGUACCGCAGAUCAACAAGUACGGCAAGUUUCAAGUCGUGUUCGACGGGACCAAGAUGUUUUUCGCUCGCAAAGGAUCGCAACAAGUGGUGGCGACUGCAGAUCUUAUGGAUGGACUUUACUGGCUUCACACAGCUCAUCGAUCGGGCAAUGCGACAACAAACGGAUGCAACGGUGUUGACUUACAUGCGCGGAUGGGACACGCUCCAGCUGAUGUGCUUCGCAAAAUGGUGGCCACGAACACGAUCAAAGAUGUGGAAGUACCUCUCAAGUCAAGUGGAUCAGAUACGACACCUUCGAGCUACUACAUCUGCGGACCCAUGGAGAUGAAUUCUCUGGGUGGCAGCAAGUAUCUACUGCUGAUCGUUGACGAAGCCAGUGGAUGCAUGAAGGGCUUCUGUCUACGUGUGAAGUCGGAGAGUGAAAACUACAUCACACGAUACAUCAAGAUGGUGCAAGCGCAGUUUGGCAAGAAGGUCAAGCUCGUCCGACAUGACGGAGCCCGCGAGUUCGCAACCAACUCGCUUCAAGAGUUCUACGAAGAUGAAGGCAUUGAGCAGCAGACGACGGUGCCAUAUGCACACCAGACCAACGGCACGGCAGAGCGCGCCAUUCGGACUAUCAUCACAAUUGGUCGCAGCAUGCUCCACCAUGCUAAGCUGGAAAAGUGCUUCUGGGCCGAAGCAGCAAUGACGGCAAUCUACGUUUACAUACUGACACCGAAGGAGAAGCGGCUCAAGUGGGACCCCAAGGCUUGCACUGGGAUAUUCUUGGGCUACGAAGAAGCAUCCAAAGCGUAUCGCGUUUAUGACAUCGAGGCAGGCCAGGUGGUCAUCAGUCGCGAUGUCAACUUUGACGAGUCCGCCUUUGGACUUUCGCCGCCAACCACCGCUGAAGACGCCGAUGACAUUGACUUCGACUCCCUCGAUCUGGAUGAUGAAGCGCCAGGUCAAGCGCAGUACAAGCAAACAUGCAACCGCAAGAGUCGUCCCCACGAUGAAGAAGUACCAGCUCCACCCACGCGCACAGUGCUUAAACGGCCUGGACUAGAAGAAUCAAGUGCGCCAGACUCUCUACAUAAGGAUUGUGGAAGGGCAAUGCGUGCUGCUGCUGGUACCGACCUGAAGACACGAUUCGAGAUUACUGACAGCGGCAAGUGUGCAUUUGUGCUUGGAAUAGAGCUUUUGGACGGCGCAGAUGGAAGCGUGACACUAUGCCAGCGUAGGUAUGUGGAUGACAUACUCAAGCGCUUUGGCAUGGAUGAUUGCAAAGCCGUCGCAAGUCCAGUCGACAUGAGCUCUCGACUUGUUUCAAGUGAUGCAACUACCAAGGUCGAUGCUCCUUUUCGCGAAGCUGUUAGUGCGUUGAUGCACCUGACCACUGCAACGCGCCCGAAUAUUGCGUUCGCCAUAGGCUAUGUGUCGCGAUUCAUGGAGAACCCCCAAGAAGAACACUGGGUUGCAGUUAAGCGUAUCUUUCGCUACCUACAAGGCACCAAGACGCAUGGAAUUUGCUACAAGCCAAGUGCAAGGAUCGACUUCCGUGGAUAUUCGGAUGCGGAUUGGGCUGGUGAUCUUACCGACCGCAAGUCAACAUCGGGGUACACGUUCAUGCUACUCGGUGCGCCAGUGAGUUGGGGCAGCAAGAAGCAGCCAAGUGUUUCGUUGUCCACGACUGAAGCUGAAUGCAUCGCACUCAGCUUAGCGAUUAAAGAGGGCAAGUGGAUCAUCGUCUGCUUUGUGAGAUCGUGA